AUGUCCUGCUUGAAGUCCUGCCUAGGCGACGCCAGCGUCGGCAGCGCGCCGCCGACCGGCAGCAGCGACGGGCACAACAUCCUGCUCAUGACAGACGGCUACAAGUUUUCGCACCACAAGCAGUGCGCCGCCGCCAUGGCGUGGUCGGGCGGAGACGCCGCGCGGUCGAGCGGCGAGUACUUCCCAGCCGUGCUCUUCCCGCCCACCAGCAAGGCGCCGGGUGCCAAGCUGCUGCAGCUCGCCACCGUUCCGGGAGGAGGCAGCGACUCGCUCGUGCUCAUCACCAACGCGUCGACCGCAGUGGUCAAGGUGCUCGCGUGA